AAUAAUAUUUCAAGUAAAACAAGCAUGAAUUUUUGGGAAUCUCUAUUUGCUCGAAUCGGAAGUCUGGUGUUCAUAUUCACCACUCUCGAAAGAUUCAUCCCUUCCCAAUUUUGGGACACCGUAGACAUAUAUCUCCGGAAAUUGGCCUUCUUCUUCAACCCCAACGUGGAGAUCACGUUCGACGAGUUCCCGCCGGAGGACUACGGGCGGAGCAAAGCCUACGCGGCCAUACAGGCGUACCUGGGCACGAAUUUCUCCGGGCAGACGGCCCGGCUCAAGGCCACCGCGGCCGGGAAGGGCCGCGGAGUGACGUUGAGCAUGGACGACUGCCAAGAGAUCGCCGAGGUUUACAAAGGCGUGAAGGUUUGUUGGAUGAGAAGCACCAAGUAUCCUCGGAAUAAUGUGAUCAGCUUCAAGGAAAGUGUCGAUGAGAAGCGGGCCUACAUCUUGUCGUUUCGACAAAAGGAUCGGAAUGUUGUUGUCGGAUCUUAUCUUACCCAUGUUUUAGGCGAGGGGAAGGCCAUCAGUAAGCGCGGAAGGAAGCAGAGGUUGUACACGAAUGUGAGCGGCGACGACUGGGGAAGCGACGACAAGAUGAUGUGGAGAAGCGUGGGGUUCGAGCACCCUGCAACGUUCGAGACGUUAGCUAUGGAUCCGAAGAAGAAGAAGGAAAUUAUGGAUGAUUUGAUUGAAUUUACUAAAGCUCGAGAUUAUUAUGCUAAAAUUGGGAAGCCAUGGAAACGUGGGUAUUUGCUGUAUGGCCCACCGGGAACUGGGAAAUCGACUAUGAUCGCCGCCAUAGCCAAUUUUCUUCGCUACGACGUCUAUGAUAUCGAGCUCACUUCAGUUUCGGAUAAUACCAACUUGCGCAAGUUACUCAUUGAGAUUUCCAAGAGGGCGAUCGUAGUGAUUGAAGACAUAGAUUGUUCCCUACAAAUCACCGGCAAAAGAAAGGGAAACCACUCUGGUCACAAGAGAGACAAUCCGACGGUGGAAGAUGCGGUGAGAAAGGCCGGAGACGGCGGAGACGAGCGAGAAGAGAGCAAGGUGACUCUCUCCGGGCUUCUGAACUUCAUGGACGGGCUGUGGUCGGCCAGCGGCGGCGAGAGGAUCUUCGUGUUCACGACCAACCACGUGGAGAAGAUCGACGACGCCUUGAUUCGCCGGGGGAGAAUGGACAGGCACAUCGAGAUGUCUUACUGCUGCUUCGAAGCGUUUAAGGUUCUCGCCAAAAAUUAUCUCGACCUCGACUCCCACCACAUGUUCGACGCCGUCAGGUGUUUGCUGUCGGAGAUUGAGAUCAGCACCGCCGAUGUGGCGGAGAGUUUGGUGCCGAAAUCAGCGGAAAUGGGCGCGGAUGAAUGCUUGGAGAAUUUGAUGGCGGCGCUGCGGAAGGGCAAGGGAGAAGCUGAGAAAAUGGGAGGAGAGCGACAAGGCGGCGAGGUUUUUCGUCGGCUCAAGAAACACAUAAGGCGCCGACUUGUUGCACAAAAAUAGAAAUAUUUUUCACUAUUCUAAAUAAACUAGCUCAAAUAUUUCUCUAGUCUCGUUUGCAUCAAACGAAUAAUGAAUAUAUAGAUGGUUUUUGAAUAACUGGAACUAUAUUUUUACACAAUUAAUUCCUUAAGCACUUCUAGUUUUAAUCAAUUAGAGUAGUUUUGCGUAAAUAAUCUUUACGAAAUUUUUUCUUCAUUUCUCCUUUGAACGUGUUAAAUUAUUCAUCUUGAAAUUUUAUUUUAUGGGAUCUUUCAGCGUAAAUUUGCACUUCUGUAAUAAUAAAUAACAAAGUUCUUGAUCACAAUUUAAAAUGGCAAGCUUAAUUAGUACGUCGAAAAUUGCAUAGCUAAAGACACAUAUACAUAGAAAUCGCUUCAUUCAUAAUAAAACACUAAAUAUUGGCUCAUUAUAUCCAAUAGAACUAAGUACGCCUUAUUUUAUUCAUAGUAAUUCUAUAUAGGUUGUCCGAAUACGACUCAAAAUCUGCAUCACUUCAAUUCACCACCCUGCAUCAUAAUAUAUAUUAUUAGUAUGUCACGAUUUGCAUAGAAUUUUGUCAAUUGAUAAUAUGAGGGUUUGCUUACUUGGAGCAGUCGGUGGAAGGGCUGAUCUUGUAGGGAAUGUUGACACCACAUUGUCCGGGGAGGCCGGCGGCCUUGCUGUAGUUGACGCCGGAAGUUGAACCGGCGAGGGAUUUCAGGCAGUUGCAGACGCUCUGCUUGUCCGGGAUCGUCUUCACGACGCCGUAGAGACCCUUGACGCCGCCGCAGCACUUCCCAAGCGGGCCCUUUUCGGUCACGUAGGGGAUGCAUGGGUUAAGGUACGAAAACACCGUGCCACAUUUUAUCGCGGCCUCACUCGCCGGAGCAACAGCCGCGAUCAAUGCAGCGGCCAUCAGCACUGCGCCGAUCAACUUCAUCGGAAUUAGUGGUUGGAAUAUAAUGCUAGUUUGAGAUUGAGGGUGUGAUGUGUUUGUGCAUGAAGGUGCAGUGUUUUUAUAGAGGGGAAUUUGAUGAAUUCUAUUUGAUUUGGGAUAUUUAGGUUAGGUAGUUGGGGGUAUUGGACUAUAAAUGUCGCAAUUACUUCAUUGCAAAUGUGGUUGGAAAAAUAUAGGAGCUGGCGUAUUUCAAUCACAAAUCAAUUUGCGAAAACAUAAAUUGGCAAAUUAGUCGAUCGACCUAUAUUUGGUAAAGUUUGUUCAUGUACAAUAAUUUGUAAAAUUCGAGAAUGGAAAAUAGAUAGACCCUUUAAUUUACUAAAUAUUUAAUUGAAAAGAAUUUUGUAAAGUUUAAAUGGGUUCGUCGUUAGUUAAAGUAUGAAUUUUUAUUUAUUUUCAAUUUUAAUAUCCUUCGUCCACGAAAUGAGCACUCAUUUGUAGACGUACGACACAAGUUUUAAGAAAUGUAUUGAAUGUAGUGUGAAUAUAAUAAGAGUCCCACUUUUUAAAGAUAUUAAUUAAAGGGUGGUUGUUUGGGGUACAUCCAAAAAAGAAAAUGGCAUGGGUACUCAUUUCGUUGACGGACGAAAAAUGAAAUAUGAGUAUUCAUUUCGUGGACGGACGGGGUAUAAUUCUUAAAGUAUUUGCAAUAAUAUCAUCACCUAUUGUUUUAAAUUGCAAUUAGAAAUAUUUGGAUUGCAACAAAUUGAACAAAAAAUGAUGAUAUUAUUACAAUGUCUCAAAAAUAGUUAAUAUUAUUAUAGUUUAAUGUAUUUUUUAGAUUUAUAAAGAUAUUUUUUAUAAUAAAUUAUGUCGGUCCACCAAUACAUAGAAGCUACGUGUUACAUUCCUUGGUGGACUAAUUAAUGAUGGGCCCUCCUAAUUAAAUUUGUAGUCAAGACCUCCAAUCAUCGUGUGUCUUGUAUUUAAAAAAAAUUAAUAUACGCCUACGCCAGUAUCAUAUAGAGCAUUAUACAAAUAUUGGGACCAUAUAUAUACAAAUACAUAUUUUGGUUUCAUUAUCUAAUAUAUCCCUUAUACUUUUCCGUGCUCUCUAUUUUACUUUAGACGCGGUGCACAUUAUAUUUUUACGUGGUACAACGUUUAAUUAACAUGAAAUUAUAUGUGGUUGAAUAUAUUUCAUGUUCAUUCGAUGCAGAAGGGCCUUCGUUUUAAUUAUCCGGAUUCCACAUGUCGGAUCUAAUUUUCUUUUGAAAAUAAUCUUGUACUUUUAGUAAUUAUAUUUGGUUCGAAAUAAAUAGAAAUUAUGCGGUAAUUAAUAUAUUUUCUUCAAAUAAAUAUAUAAUUUAUAUAUACAUAAAUGUUCAAGUGAAUUUCAAUCUCAACCUUUCGAUUGUAAGGUUCUACGAAUGGGUCAUUCUUAUGAAUGAAUGUAGCAUCUGAAUGUUCAAGUGAAUUUCAAUCUCAACCUUUCGAUUGUAAGGUUCUACGAAUGGGUACAUUCAUUCUUAUGAAUGAAUGUAGCAUCAUUAAAAUUUCAUAUUUUUUCGAAUGCAUUAAUGAAAAAUGUAAUUUUCACAAUAACCGCACCUUGUUUAAUUUUCUAAUAAGUUGUGUAAGUGUGGUUGCACAUGCACUAUGUAAAAAUACUAUGGUUAAUUGCCCAUAAAAUACCAAAUUUUCAUCUAAUUCUGGUUUCGCAUACAAACUUUAAACUGUGGCAUGAUAAUUACUAAACUUUUGAUUUUAUCUGCUAAUCUAAAUUCCGGCCAAAUUUCGUCCAAAUUCCAUGCCAAUAUUUGACGUGUCGUAUUUAUUCUUGUGUGCCAAAUAGUUCGACUCAUUUGCUUUCUUUAAAUAUUUUAUUGCAAAUAACAUGUACAAAUCAAAUUAGUUGAAUAUUGGCAUGGAAUUUGGACGAAAUUUGGCUGGAAUUUAGAUUAGUAGCAAAAUCAGAUAAAAUCAAAAGUUUAGUAAUUAUCACGGCACAGUUUAAAGUUUGUAUGUAAAACCAGAAUUUGAUGAAAGUUUGGUAUUUUAUGGGCAAUUAACCCAAAAUACUAAUAUUACACCAUAAAUUUAGUAGUGAAAUGAAACUCAAGAUGGAGAUACAAUAGAUAAUUAAUAAUCUUGCAAGAUCCACACGAUUAUUUAUUUUAGGUGCUUAUUAUUAGAAGAUCAAACUGCUCUUAUAACCUUCAUCUUAAUAUUUGACUUUAUGGGAUCUAUUAGCGUAAAUUGGCAUAAAAAUAAAUAAGAAAGGCAAUCUUUUAAUACAACGUACGACAAUUGCAUAGCAAAAGACAUAAAGAGAAGUCACCCUCAAUAUUCAUAACAAAACACUAAAAAUUGGCUCAUCAUAUCCAAUCCAAUAGAUAAGUAAAGUGAGCCUUGUUUUAUUCAUAGUAAUUCUACGUAGGUUGUCGGAAUACGGCUCAUUAAUCUGCAUCACAUGAUCAAACCUCACUUCACCCUGCAAAACACAACAUUAAACAUGAUCAUUAAUUAAUUAAAUUACCAAUAUCUGUUACUCCCUCCGUCCCGCGAAUCUUGAGGCAAUUCUUUUCGACACAGGAAUUAGGAAAAUCGUAUUUAGUGUAUUAAGUGUGGUAGGUGAAAAAGUGAAAUGGUGAAUAAAGAGAAUUUUUUUGUCAUAUAAGAAAAGUGACUCAAGAUUCGCUGGGACAGAGAGUAAUAUUUAAUUUUGCUUACUUGGAGCAGUCGGUGGAAGGGCUGAUCUUGUAGGGAAUGCUGACGCCGCAUUGUCCGGGGAGGCCGGCGGCCUUGCCGAGGUUGACGCCCUUAUACGAACUGGCGAGGGUUUUGAGGCAGUUGCAGACGCUCUGCCUGUCCGGCGUCGUCUUGGCAGCGCCGUAGAGACCCUUGAUGCCGCCGCAGCACCCCCCUAAGGGACCCUUGUUUGUCACGUAGGGGAGGCAUGGGUUAAGGUAUGAAACCACCGCGCCGCAUCCUAUCGCGGCCUCGCUCGGGGGAGCAACGGCCGCGAUCAAUGCGGCGGCGAUGAGCAAUGCGCCGAUCAACUUCAUAUCGCUAGCUAUGGAACUUGUUGAAUUACUAUCGAUUUGGAAUUCGAGUUUGAGAUUGAGAGUUGAGAGUGUGAU